AGGAUGAACGCUUGCAUCCGAGAAGCGGGCGGCUCGCUCCGGCGUACUUCGUUCGCGAAGCCGCCAGGAUUAAGGGCUACGCUAUGGCUCAGUGACGUCUCGUCGUUGAAAGCUUCGCCGUAGACCGCUGCAGAGGCAAAAUUUUGCAGUAUUUCUGAUUACGCGAAGUGCGGACAAAAAAAAAAAACUUUUUUUCGCGAAGAUAGCGACGAAAUCAUCGUGAUACGUCGGGAAAUGUUACAUUUGGAGAGUGCGAACUGUUCCGAGGUACUCGCAAAAAUGUGGAUUGACGAUGUAAGUGCCGCCGCAAGUGUGCACCGUGCUUGUGAGUGAACGUGACGUACCGCGCGUGAAGAACUGACGCAUCCGUAAGUAUGCGAUAAUUACUUUCAUCAUCUGAACAUUUCUUUUCUAUACGGAGUGAAAAUAUUUUGAAGAAGGCCGCUGCUCCAGGUCAGCCUAACAAGAACUUCGGAGCGUGAAGUAUGCUUCGUGCUGAAUAGAUGAGUGUGCGCAUUCUCUUUGGAAUUGAAUGGAGUGCUCCCAGAAGCAAACCAUAUAAAUGAAAACAACUUGGAGCACUGAAGAAUGAUCACGGACCUCCCUACAACGCUCUGCUCGUUUACGCUGUGUUCAUACAAGGACAAUUAACAGCUAAUAAAUGUGCCGGCAAAUGAGCUGGGCUUUGGCUGAGAAAGCUGAUACCGCAAGUACCGCUUUCAAUUACGACUGCUUUUGACGAGGCACCCGCUACCAUGGUAUCGAACGACACGCUUUCCAAGCUCAUCUCCAUGCCUAUUUUCUCCGAGCUCAACGACACUUCGUUGACAAUGGCGUUGGACGCCAGUGCCGCGACGCCAGCGCUUCCAGAAGAGUUGACGUUCACGCGCAAGUCGCUGAUUCAGGUGAUCGUUUACGUGGUGUUGUUCAUGGCCGCAGCAGCCGGAAACGUGCCUGUAUUCUUGAGUCUGCUCGGCAAACGAGCCCGCAAGUCUCGCAUCAAGCUGAUGAUGAUGCAUCUGGCGGUGGCUGACCUGAUCGUCACCUUCGUCAUGAUUCCGCUAGAGGUGGCCUGGCGCCUCACGGUGUGCUGGGUGGCUGGAAACGCCAUGUGCAAGAUCAUGCAGAUUCUUCGCGCGUUCGGUCCGUACCUGUCCUCCAUGGUGCUAGUGUGCAUCAGCGCUGACCGGUACUUCGCCGUGCUGCAUCCGCUGCGGGUGCAUGACGCCCGCAGGCGAGGAAAGUUUAUGCUGGCCGCGGCGUGGUACAUCAGCCUCGCUUGCAGUUUGCCGCAGGCGCUCAUCUUUCGUGUCAUGGAGCAUCCUGAAUUUCCCGGCUUCUGGCAGUGCGUCACUUUCUCAUCCUUCCCGUCGCCACUUCACGAGACGCUGUACAACCUGUUCUGCCUGCUCGUGCUCUACGGGAUUCCACUGGGCGCCAUCAUUCUCUCGUACGGCCGAAUCCUCUGCGAAAUGCAUCGCCAGGCGAAGGACUCGCGUGCCCAGGAACCGGGCGUGGCCGACGCGGCUCCCUGCGCGCGGUUCAGGCUGCGCUGCUCCGACAUGCUGCGCAUGCAGCGUGCCCAGUACCGCACCCUGCGCCUCACGGUGGUCAUCGUGCUGGCCUUUUUCUUCUGCUGGACCCCGUACGUGGUGAUGGUGCUGUGGUACCAGUUCGACGCCGAGAGCGCCAAGGACGUGGACGACUACCUCCAGUCGUCGCUCUUCAUGUUCGCCGUGUCCAACUCGUGCGUGAACCCGCUCGUGUACGGCAGCUACACGGGACGCCUGAACGUGGGACGCUGCUUCUCGUCCCGAUGCUACCCGGCCGACGCCGUGCCGGAGGAAGAUAUUCGCCGCUUCUCGUCGUCGCUCAGGCGCUUCUCUAAGCGCACGCUCCUCUCCUGGUUUCCCAGGUCCCUGGUGCCCGCCACCACCGUUGUCGACCCCACCGCUGCAGGGUACGGCGAUCCGCGGGCACAGCGGUGCUCGCUGUGCGUUGCCGACGUGAAGGACAUGUGCGUGUUCAGGGUAGACAUCGUGUGCAUGCACGAUGAGCGGGUGUCCGAGGCCCACUCGGCGCAGGUUAACGGCCUGGCAAUGCGUGGCCUGGCAUCUGCGUACGACAAACCGCUCAGACAAAACCACAGCCUCUGAGGGAAUGGGCGUCACUUAGUUGGUUGCUGGUAGCUAUGGCCGGAAACAAGCUCUUGAUUCGAGCUAUAACACUCGUCGAUAACAUGCAGCGUGUACCGUCCGAUCUCUUUGCUCAAGAGAAAGAAUUAGAUUGGAUUAUGUUAAUAAAACAAAUGUAGAAUACUUCAA